CGCCUUGGCACAUCUGCUGGUAUAUAAGAUCCGUUUCAGUUGCAUCUCUUAAAAUAGUUGCAUAUUGCAUUUGCCCACGGAAAAGAAAAGGAUUCACAUUUCAGUCAUGUAUUUGAAAUGCACUUGGCUUUUGCUUUUGAUUCUGUCUUUCAUGGCAGGAGCCUUAGCCAGCAGCUUAUGCCCUGCUGGAUAUAACCCGGAGAGCAAUCGGUGCACUAUUGAACGACCUAUCCAUGGAUCAUGUCCCCCCGGAUCCUCCUAUAGCCUGAACAUCAACAAGUGCGUCCACUCGUAAGGAUCUCAACUAAAUGAAUACCAAAUUUCAAUGUUUAAGCCAUGUGCAAGCAAUAAAUUGAUCAAUCUGCA